AUGGCUACCGCGCGCAAGAUCCAGUUGACCACGUCCGAUUCAGGCGUGUUCUCAUCUGGUAUCAGAGAAGAUUCAGCGCAGGUGGCCAGCGAGCUUUUGCAGGAGGAUCUGGAAAAGCACCAUGUUUACUUCAACAAUAUGGGGUUUCAUAACCACCUUGUUCAUCAUAUCUUGAGCAUCUUUGUCCUGGGGGCAACCCCGGAAGAGAUUAGGGAUGCAUACAACAGAAACAAAGGUUAUCAAAGACCGGCCUUACCAGCUGACAAGGCUGUAAUCCAGUCACUGUACGACAAAGAGGGGUUCAAGAAAUGUCUCGGAAGAGAUAGGAACUAUCCCAAUUUCUUGGAGUUCUUCCAGCAAGAAAUCGAGAAGAAAGGUGUUGAGAAUGUUCUCAACGAGUAUUUGUUCUCCGGAGAUGAAAAUGCGGAGAGCAUGCUGGCUCGACUAUUUGGAGGACUCAUCCACCCGCUGAUCCAUCUUGGAUUUGGAAUUGAGUUCAACCAGCCGGCUAUAAUAGCUGAAGCUCUGGCUCAAACAGCAAUCCACGAGGACUGGACCGGUCCAAUGUUUCUCUGGCCAGCCGAAAAGUUAGCAGGAGGCAUUGGCAAGCCGGGAAAGAAGUCACUGUUUCAAAUCCUGGAGGAUAUUCGUGGGAAUGAAAAAUUGACUGGCUCCGCCAAGUGGGAGGAUGGUAAUAAGUUGAGGGACGGAGUCCUGCGGCGAGCGCCAGAUGAGAUGCUCAGAUACGCUGCGGAAUUCACCGUUUCCAGCGAUCAGAUGGAAGCUAAACUGGCGGAAAUGAUAAACACAGUCGUAUAUUACAGCAGUGCUGCACAACAUCCCCCUAAGCAGGUCAAGUUCGACUUCUUCCUCAUACAUAGCCUGAACUCGUCCAUUUUCUUCUCGAAAAUCCUGUCACUUCCAUUCCUGCACACCCAAACCCGAUUGCGUCUUAUUGAAUGGAAGGGGCGCUUGGAUCUCCUGCUCUACGUAUCUCGCGGAGCUCCUGUACUUCUCCUGAAUGAAGUGACAACCUACCCGGCUUCAAAAAGCUGGGAGACCAUUUUCAAGCAUUGCAAUACCCACCCUGGCGAUGACGGACACUUGGCGAAAUUGGCGAGAGCCGUUGCUCAUGGCGAAGCUGCGUGCCGUGCUUUUGAGAGUCAAGCCACGGAAAGGGGACUGAUGAUCACCGGUGAUAUGUGGUUGAAAAUUGGCAACAUGGUCAUGGAUUCGACCUCGGACCAAGGACCACUGUGGGUCCGCUCAACGGGUUUCGAACAGGCCUGGGCAGAGUUUCAAGAGCGACGGCAUCGGCUGUGA